AUUUUAUGAUGUACAUGUCAGUCUCACAGGUUUUAUUUGACCUUGACCUCAUUUUCACGGUUCAUUUCUCAGUGUUAAGUUUUUGUGUUUUGGUCUGUUUUUCUUCAACUAUAAGCAAUAGAUCAACUAUAUUUGAUGUAUGGAAGGAUUGUGAGGUGUAUAUGUCUGUCUGGCAGGUCUCAUCUGACCUUGACCUCAUUUUCAUGGUUCAUUGGUCAAUGUUAAGUUUUCAUGGUUAAGUUUGUUUCUUAGAUACUAUAAGCAAUAGGUCAACUAUAUUUAAUGCCUAAAUUGAUUGUAAGGUGUACAUGUCUGUCUGGCAUGGUUCAUCUGACCUUGACCUCAUUUUCAUGGUUCAUCGGUCAAUGUUACGUUUUCUUGUUUAAGACUGUUUCUUAGAAACAAUAAGCAAUAGGUCAACUAUGUUUGGUUUAUUGAAUGAUUGUAAGGUGUACAUGUUUUUCUCGUUUGGUUUAUCUGACCUUGACCUCAUUUUCUUGGAUCAAGUUAAGUUUAUGUGUUACUUGUAGUAAAGCUUUGUAUUUAGGACUAUCAACAUAAAAUCAAUGGUUAGUAAAGAAGGCGAGACAUUUCAGCGUGUGCACUAUUGUUUUUAAAUAGUACAGUAUUUAUUUUUCCUUUUAAACAAUAACUUAAUGAAAAAAUAUAUUUCCAUUGCAUUGAUUUCCAUUUUCCAUUUUCAGAUUAAAUUCCAUAAUACAAAACAUGGGAGACAUUUGCUAAGACAGAAUUUUGAUGCCACCACAGAAGCAGGAAAACACAUAAAUGCUAACCUUAGCAAUAGGGUUUUUAUAAAUUCUUAUGAGGCAUUAAGUGGUACAGAACCUGAACAAGCACCAGUAAUAGCAGUAUCAAGAAAAAGGAAAAGGGCUCCUUUCAUGUCUGAUACAGACUGUCCUGAUACGUCUACAUCUAUCAGCAAUAAAGAAAUUGAUGACAACAAAAUAAUUGGAAAAUUGACUAUAAGCAAGGCUCAACUUAAGGAACCACCUACUGAGUAUAAAUUAAGAGAGGUAAAAGAAGAAUGGGUAGGGGAGUUGAAAAACAGAAUCAUCUCAUCUGGACAAAAGAUGUUAGGAAAAAUUCUUCCUGUCUUGGUGGAUUCUGACAAGGUAUCAAAAAAGGAUGAUUUCAAGCAAGAAGAUAUAAACCAAUAUACAUUCUUAACAUUAGGUGGCAAUCAUAUUCGGAGAGCACUUGAAAAGGUGGUUGAAAUUCAAGAAGUGACAUGUAUGGUGUAUGUAGGACUGACACAAGAAGAGGCACUGAGACUUGCCUGCAUUGACAAUGACAUGGCUAAGUCAUUGCCAUUUACUUUUCAGGAUAAAAUAAAGUUGGCACAUCAGUUCCACUUAGAAGGUCAGGAAGAUUUGAAUAGAAAAAUGAAGGAGGUCCUUAGCCAAAUUGAAUUAAAGGAAAUUAAGGACAGCAUAAGUACAAUACUGAGUGUUGCACGUUAUCCAGAGGAUUCAUUCCAGUUGUUUGAAACCAUAGUUAGAAACUAUGAACUUCAAAAGGGUGUAAACCAUAGUGUUCCGCAAAGGCUAUUUAGAUUACUGCAGGCAGAAUCGAAUGUUACAAGGGCUCAUUUCCUGCAGAUGGCAGCUGACAGCAAAAGUUUACAAAAGGCAGCUGAAAGUUUAGUAAAUAAUAAAAAGGAAAAAGCUCUUGAAAGGAUUUUCACUGAACAGACUGGGGAAGAUUUGUGGAAUUCGGCUGUUGAGAAAUAUCCUAAUUAUUCGAAAAAACUGAAUGAGUUCAAAGACAUGAAAACACCAAAAUAUAUACCGGACAAGCUAAUACAGUACUGCAAAAAGGCAAAGGAAAGUGAAGACCAAUUAGAAAAAACCAAAAUAGAACUUAAAAUUAUUGUAGGGUCAAGAGAUGUGUCCAAUAACAAAGAUGUUUCAGCAAUAAUAUCAAAAUACUCAAAAAUUAUUUUGGAUGAAGUAAAUAAAGUGGAGGGUCUUCAUUUUGAAGAGUAAUUAUUAUAAUGUCAGUAAUAUAAAUUUAAAUUUCAGUAUUUUUUCUAUUUUUGGGUCACUUGUGAAAAAUAAAAAAAUUGAGCUUUUGCAACCUUUUGUAUUUUCUGUUCAAUAACUUUUGAACUGUAUAACCAAAGCUUUUAAAUUUAAUUAUGUUUUUUCCAAUGAAUAAAUGAAAGACAACUUCCAUAUUGAUAUGUACAAUACAAUUUUAUAUAUGAUGUUCAUAUAUAUAUUAUAAUUACACCUUAUGUAAGAAUCCUGGGUUUUGAUUGGUUGAUAUCCAGUAUAUUUUUCACCAAUUUACUGUUAUCAAAUGAAUAUCGUUCAUUUUUUA